UACCACUAUCUGCCUCUACUGCCCCACUACACAGUGCACACACUCACAACUUUUUAUCUGUACCUAUCAAAGUCUUGAAAGCUUCUUAAGUGGUGAACAAAACUUCCCUUCACCAUGUCGUUUUCAUUUAGUUUCGCUGGUGACGAUAUCUCCGACAAUGAGCAGACUCCCUCUGUCGUCAAGCCCACAUCAGCUGCCGCAGCCACCACCAGCGCAUUUCCUGUCCCAGGAAAGCCUCAGCUCCCACCAACUGUCCAUCAACUGUCUGAUCUGCUUGCUCAGCUACCGUCAAAGGUCGCCUAUAGCCUUUUAGAUGUGGCCCUUGAUGAUGGGACUACUAUUCAGCUACCGCGAAGAGAGUUAUGGGACGUGAGGGUGCAGCUGAUGGCCGAGGAGGAAGACGUUGCGGGUGCUCAGUCUGAAGGGUUGGGAAGUCAUGAUGUGAAAACGGGUGUUUAUGAGGGCGGCUUCAAGAGCUGGGAGAGCAGUGUCGAUUUAGUUAAGGUACUGGCUGCGAAUAAGGUCAUCUCAGCACUGGAACAGAAGGCUUUUCGAGUUAUGGAGGUAUGUGGAAUAAAUUAUACUUGUAACGUGAUAUAUCUAACCCUAGACCAACAGCUUGGAUGUGGUACAGCUCUACCAUCUUUGGCAGUCUUCCAAUGGGCCAUGACCUCAACAUCGGAAAAGAAGUAUUUGUCACUUAUCAUGGCGGACUAUAACCCUUCAGUUCUCCAGCUCGUUACUUUGCCCAACUUCAUCCUUUCAUGGGCUCUCAACAACCCUCAGAUACCUGCUCUUCAGGAAGCUUUCUCAAUUGAGGGUGAGGUUGAGCUAGGCCCUGACGUUCUCGCCGCCUUCGAACAAUCACUAAAAGAAGCAAAUGUCACUCUCUCCUUUGUGUCUGGUGCUUGGUCGCAGGAAUUCGUCCACCUCAUAUACGCUCUGCCUUCAGGCCAUGACCAGGAAAGGAGCACGCUGCUUCUCGGUGCAGAAACAAUCUACUCCCCGUUUGCCCUCCAGGCCUUCCUUGAAACCCUCUUCUUAAUACUGGAAAAAGAGCAGAAGACUGAGGGCAAUGAAGCAGCUGCGCUUGUAGGAGCGAAACGCCUAUACUUUGGGGUCGGUGGUUCACUGGAUGACUUUAUCGACAAAGCGCGUCAGAAAGGAGCCCGAGUGGAACAGCUUAGGGAAGAGGUAGAGGGGGUCCGAAGGGGUGUCGUUCAGUGUGUUCUUGGACCUACAUAGACAUAUCGAAUCCAAAGUAAAUCGUUAAGCCUCGAAGGGUUUUAAAGUAAUGCGUGAAUUUCCAGCUUCUGCGCUCGGAGACCAGAAACUAUAAUGUUCAAAGCAACCUGGGUAUAUAUGCCUUUCCUAAACGCCACUUUUAAACCCAACCGCAUUUAUCUACAAGUACUGAGCACCUCAAUUGUGAUAUGAUACGUAAAGCUCGGCAGUUUCCGG